AUGCGUAACUUGAUCGCCGCUUGGUAUAAGAGUACUGAGGAUCUGCUCAACUACUGCGAACCUCUGCUUGUAUAUGGAGAUGCUAAAGAUAGCGCACAACUAGCAUUCCUCAGGGGCAUGAACAGCGCAGUUCAUUUUCUCGAAGGACGUGUUGCUCACGACGAUCAGAAUAGUGUAGCCUUAGCAGAAGAAUGCAGCCAUCAAGUAGGAAAGUUGCACUACACGCUUCUGGAUAAAGAACAAGAAGCGAAAGUCCAAGAGCAAAGGAAGCUAAAGAACAGCUCAAAGGAUAACGCCGUAGGACCGGAAACCGAGAAGGUCAUAUACCAAGAGGGCACUUGGUUUCAAUCUUGA